GAUAGAAAUUUCAUGGUAUUCAGUGAAUGUAAAGUACAAAACGAUUGAUACUGUUCGAUCGUAUCGUAUAAUUAUGCGUGUAGUACACGCAGUGUCCCGUGUAUCCCUUAUCGCUCGUGCAUGCGUGUCACUGUGUACAUGCCUCUAACGCGACGUGGUGUGCCGUUCCAAUCUUAAAUACGUGGCAACAUUCAUCGAAGUUCUAAUUUCUUUUCUACUCUAUCUCGUCUUGAUCAUAACGACAUGUGGACAGCAGGAUCCAGUCUAUAAACGUACGCCGCUACGUUUUAAUCGAAUGGUCAGCAAGUGAUGCAAAGGAAAAGAAAGAAAUUAGGAACGAUGAGAGCUGUGAUUCUUGUUGGUGGGUAUGGAACCAGAUUAAGGCCUCUUACCCUCAGCAGGCCGAAACCACUCGUGGAAUUUGCCAACAAACCGAUGCUUCUGCAUCAAAUAGAAGCCCUGGUAGAGACUAACGUAACCGAAGUGAUAUUGGCUGUGUCUUACCGUGCAGAGGAAAUGGAAAAGGAUUUGGGCGAAGAGGCCAAGAAACUGGGAGUACGUUUGAUCUUUUCGCAUGAACCGGAACCGCUAGGCACCGCGGGACCACUCGCGCUUGUGCACGAUCUGCUGUGUUCCAGUGACGAGCCGUUCUUUGUUUUGAACUCCGACAUCAUCUGCGAGUUUCCGUUCAAACAACUACUGGAAUUUCAUAAAAGUCACGGCAGAGAAGGUACCAUAAUCGUAACCAAAGUAGAAGAACCAUCCAAGUACGGCGUGGUUGUGUAUGGGGAUGAUGGGAAGAUUGAAAGCUUUGUGGAAAAACCACAAGAAUUUAUAUCCAACAAAAUAAACGCAGGCAUGUACAUCUUUAACCCGAGCAUUCUGAAAAGGAUAGAAUUGAAGCCUACGAGUAUAGAAAAGGAAGUUUUCCCGAUGAUGGCGCGGGACGGUGAGCUAUGCGCGAUGGAACUAACGGGAUUUUGGAUGGACGUUGGACAGCCGAAAGAUUUCCUGAAAGGAAUGAGUAUGUACCUAACGUCUCUCAGACAAAAGUCGCCGGAAAAACUGUACUCCGGGCCGGGAGUAGUCGGGAACGUUCUGGUGGACGAAACUGCGACGAUCGGGAAAGACUGUAGGAUAGGGCCGAACGUCACGAUCGGUCCUGGCGUCGUGCUAUCGGAUGGAUGUUGCAUCAAACGAAGUACUAUCCUUAAGGCAGCUGUAAUAAAAGAGCACGCUUGGCUGGACGGGUGCAUCGUAGGAUGGAGAAGCGUCGUUGGACGUUGGGUACGGAUGGAAGGUACCACUGUACUCGGCGAGGACGUAAUCGUCAAAGACGAAUUAUACAUAAACGGUGGCCAAGUUUUACCUCACAAGAACAUUUCCAGCUCCGUGCCAGAACCGCAAAUAAUCAUGUGACCGAAGACGAUAUUCGAUAUACGCGUAUCGAGCGUAAUCAACGACCAAACGAUCCUACAAAUAAAAAGUUUUUACUAACUUUUUUAAUUACACGUAAACUGAUAUACAUUCGUUUUGAUCAUGUUUUUUACAUUUAGUAUUAAUUAACCAACUUUAUCGGUAGUCCUCGCACUACUACCGCAGCCGCGGUCAUGUACUGACUACAGAGGUCUUUCGACUUUGCUAUCGCUCUCAACAUCUCGGGUUCGUAUGGAAGUUUCUCUUUUGGAUCGACCAGAAACAAAGAGAAAACAAAUAUUGAAAAAGAAAAGUAAGGGAUCAUACAAAAAUAGGAACACGUGUUAAAAAUGAGGAGCAACGAAACGAAAAGUUUGCUUCGAUCAUUUUGCAUACUAACUCAUUAUGAAAUCGGUACACCAUGCGUUAUCAUCGACUUCGGCCCACGGCGAUGAGAUCCAGCUGCUAAUGAAAUUCGAUGUCAUUUUAUCGGUAUCAAGGUCCGUGACUUCCCAUAACAUACCGAUCACGCAAGGGCUAAAGAUAAACACUUGCCGCCUGAUUCUCUCUUCAUCCAAUAAAAUAUAUGUGAAAAUGAAUUUUUA